AACUCCCAAAACUCAAGUGACAACAGAGUCCACACAAAAGAGAGAUGUGCAGCUGAAGGCUGAUAUCAGCAGGACCAUCUCAGAGAAUGGAAAUGAUCAGCGUGGCAUGAAUAAUGAGAAGACCAAAUCAAAAGUGAUGAAGAGCAACAAAAUCUGUGCAUUCUUACAAAUAAGAUGGAAGGCUGUGAAAAAAUCCUUCCAGAAAAGCAGAGUGGAGCCUAUUGAGAUCCCAGCACAGCCUGAUCCAGAGCCAUCGUGUGUCCCAGAUCCUGAAGCAGAAGCUGAAGUAGAUCUGGUUGAUGCACAUCAGUUGUGUGUCGCAGGUCUAAAUGGUCCUGAACCUCAAGUGAAAACAGAAACUCAAGUGACAACAGAGUUGUCAAUGUUACAUAAUGUCCUUCUUAACAUUUUCCAACUGGAGCGUCGCAUGUGCAAAUGUAGAGUUAUGUGGACACCUAUCACUGAGGUCUGGCCCAGUGUCUUCAUGGGAAAUGAGGAGACAGCAAUGGACCGAGUCAAACUGAAGGAGAUGGGUAUUACUCACAUCCUGAACACUGCGGCGUACAAGGAAUAUCCAGAAGGAAAGAUCGAUAAAAAAGCGGGAUAUUACCAAGAAAUGAACAUCACUUACUAUGGUGUGCUUGUAAUGGAUGAACACAGGUUUGACAUCAGCAAGGACUUAUUCCCAGCUUCAGAAUUCAUCCACAAGGCCCUAAGUAACACAGAAAAUAAAUUGUUAGUGCACUGCAUAGAUGGUGUCAGCCGCUCUGCCACAUUUUUUCUGGCAUACCUGAUGACCCACCAUGAAAUGUUGUUGGAGGAUGCCAUCGACCACGUCAUACACAAGAGAUGGAUCAGGCCAAACAGGGACUUCUUGAAGCAGCUGAUAACCCUCAAUUCAAACCUCGUAACACAGGGGAAACUACAGAUAAGAAAACCGAUAAACACAGAUAAAACAAAAAACGGAGAGGACCCAGUUGCGCACCCUGUUCCAGAACCAUUGUGUGAGCCAGGUCCAAGCAAACCUAAACCAGAACCUCAAGUGGCAAAAGAGCUUUCAGUAUUAGAAAGUCAUGUCUCUCUAAGUGUCCUUCAGCUCCAGGAUCGCCUGGAUGAAUAUACUUUGUACUGCACACCUGUCACUGAGGUCUGGCCCAAUGUCUUCAUUGGAAAUGAAGAGACGGCAAGAAACCGAGCCAAACUGAAAGGGAUGGGUAUUACUCACAUCCUGAAUGCUGCGGCAGUGGAGAAGAGCUUGAAGGUCUUGUUUGAAAUUCCAAGCAAGAAAAGCCUAAAAGGAAAGGUCAAUACAGGAGUGGCAUAUUACCAAGGCAGGAGCAUCAAUUACUAUGAUGUGCCUGCAGAAGACAAAUGCUCAUUUAACAUCAGCGAGUACUUCUUCCCAGCCGCACAGUUCAUCCACCAGGCAUUGAGUAACCCAGAGAUUAAGGUGUUGGUGCACUGCAAAAAGGGUCUCAGUCGCUCUGCCACACUUGUUCUGGCAUAUCUGAUGAUUUACCAUGACAUGAUGGUGGAGGAUGCCAUUGACCAUGUCAUGGAGGCGAGACACAUCAGACCCAACAUAGGCUUCUUGAAGCAACUGACAAACCUCAAUUCAAACCUCAAAAGUCAGCGGAUACUACAGUUAAAAAAAGGUCUACAGUAA